AUGACUUUUUCAAAUGCUCGUAAUAACAACAUUUUUACACGGAAACUUGCAAAUGGGAAGGCUAGAGUAACAAAGGAGAGAAUCGAAGCAGUCGACAAAGAGAACAAUUCGAUCACUUUCACCGUGAUCAAGGGAGACCUUACGGAGAAAUACAAGAGUUUCAAGUUCCAUAUCCAAUGCAUUCCAAAGGAGAAGGGAAGUGUGAUUCAUUGGGUUUUAGAAUAUGAAAAGCUACAUGAUGAGAUCCCCGAUUCACAUACUAUGCUUCAGUUUUGUGUUGAGAUGUCUAAAGUCAUUGAUGCUCAUCUUAUGGAAGGCAGUGAAGAACCCUAG